AUGCAGCUCUUUCAGCAGCUGGGGGAGGCCCUCGAGCGACUCUCGAGUGGCCACUGUGCGUGGAACGAUCUCACCAAGGCCGAGCUGAGGAAUCUUGCAGAGUUCAAUGAAGAGCCGAAGUCUGCCAUCGAGGGCCUCGAAGGCUUAGCCCUCGAGUACACAUGGCAGGAACUGCACCAGGCGACUGACGGCUUUUCAACAGCUCGCCAGUUGGGUUCAGGUGCCAGUGGUACAGUCUACCAUGCCACGCUGUGCGAGGGCACAGAAGCGGCUGUGAAGGUGCUGGAUGCACCAUUGCGGGGAGGGUUUGAAGACGAAGUUCGUCUCCUGUCCAGAUGCAGGCAUCCAAAUGUAGUGAUGCUCCUGGGAUUUGCUGAAGAAAGUCUUUGCAGCGUUUUUCGACAUCGUCGCUGUGCUUUGGUCUAUGAGCUUCUGCAUGGCGGUGACCUUUAUCGAAGGCUGCAGGCAUCCAGAGCUUACUUAUGGCAUGAACGACUGCGGACUGCCACAGAAGUUUGCCGGGGCUUGGCCCAUCUGCACAAGCACCGGCCCAAAAUCUUCCACCGUGACAUCAAGAGCCAAAACAUCCUCUUCAGCAGUGAUGGGACGGCAAAGAUAGCGGACUUCGGAUUGGCAUGUAUGGCCGCCGACAACGAUGUUCACGAGAUGGCGACAUCGCAAGUUGCUGGCACGGUGGGUUAUUCUGACCCGCUGUACACCAGGACGGGCGUGAUGUCAGAGUCUAGCGAGUGCUACUCCUUUGGGCAGGUUCUCAUUGAAAUCCUGGUUGGCCGCCCACCUGCCGUUUUGGCACAAGACGGUCACAGCUGUGUUUUUCUGAGUGAUGAGCUGCGGCCUAGGGAGGACCGUGCCAAAAGCCGUGUACUAAGUCGUCUCGACAAGCGUGCGCAAUGGCCUCUCUGCACGGCGGCCGGCCUCUCUACGCUGGCUCUGCUUUGCAUUCAUGAGGAUGCUGACCGCCGCCCAACAUUCCUCGAGGCCACAGAUAUGCUCAGAGACCUUACGGCUGCUGCAUUUGUGCAAGAAGCAGAUCAGGACAGCGUUGGUCGAGAUCCGACCGAGCAGCCAGAAACAUGUCAUCAUACUGUCCCGUUGGUUAGAGCUCAUGGCAUCCUCGAGCCGGGCAGGGAGGAUUCAACGGCAGGUUGCCAGGGUUCACCGGAAAAUGCUUUGAGGCAGCCCGAGCUUCCCCAGCUCGAGUCUGCAGAGGUCUUGGGCCAUUUCCUCCAGCAUGCCCAGCAUGCCCGGCAACUCACGGGCCAACCCCGCCAGGCACAGAUCCUGUCCCCGUCUCCCAACUUUGCACAUGCAAAGGCUAGCUUGCACCAGGCGCAGUUGCAAGUCCAGCACAGACAAUCCCCUGUGCCGGUGCAGCACCAGCAGACGCAAGCUUUGUCACCAGGUGCCGUGAUGCAACUGUCUCCGACUGCUAUGCAGGUCUGGCAGCCCCACUCCCCAGGUCAUGGACCAAACGCACCCUCUCCCCCCCCUCCUCUUCAGCUGCUGCAGGUAGCGGCCUGCCCUCGCCCCAUCAAUCGGCCCUGCGGGCCCAUAGGCCCCAUGUCCCCUCGAGAUCUGCGGACGUCGCAUGCAAAGUCCAUGCACGACAUCCAGGCGGAAUCCAACAGAAUCAACAUCUGUCUUCGAGCCAGCUCUCUCGCGGCUCCUGCUCUGGUCGGAGAUCGACAGCCUCCAGGUGCUGAAGAAGCUUCUGAACUGCGGAGCGAAUCUGUCUGA